UACGCACACCCUUUGCUGUCACGUGAGUCUCGGAAACAACACAAGCUUUGGUGAAUCUGUACUUGACGUCAGCUUUGGGGCCUCGAUACCCUUCGGAGCGUCACGAACAAAUAUUUUGGGUUACGAUACAACGCAUAGACCGCUGUCCCAACCAGUGUGACGACCUGCAGCCAAGAUGUCCUACACAGAUGCCACCUGGUCCCAGUCUCGGGACUUCAAUAAUUUAAUCCAGAUAUGCAGCUCCAACACACAAAAGAUUACUCAAAACACUGGCCAGAUCAGAAAUCUCUUGUCUCAGACGGGGUCAAAGUGGGAAAUGCCAGAGCUACAAGAGAGGCUACAGCAUCUCCAGCACUACACAAACCAGUUGGCUAAAGAAACCAACAGACACUUGAAAGAGCUGGGCUCACUCCCCCUACCCCUGUCCCCGUCGGAACAGAGACAGCAAAAGCUCCAGAAGGAGCGUUUGAUGAAUGAUUUUUCUACAGCCCUCAAUAACUUCCAAGUGGUUCAGCGGCAUGCAGCUGAGAAAGAGAAGGAGUCAGUUGCCAGGGUUCGAGCUGGAUCCCGACUCACGGGCGAUGGAGGCAUUGUGAGUGAACAGCUGGUUACAUUUGAAAAGGAAGAUGACUGGGUUAAGAGUCAGAUUCAGACUGAGGAACCUGUCAUCACUGAGGAGGAUCUGGAGAUCAUCAAGGAGAGAGAGACGAACAUUAGACAGCUGGAGGCCGACAUUAUGGAUGUGAACCAAAUAUUCAAAGACCUGGCUGUGAUGAUCCAUGACCAAGGAGAGAUGAUUGAUAGCAUUGAGGCCAACGUUGAGAGUGCAGAGGUCCAUGUGGAGAGAGGCACUACCCAGCUCCAGAAAGCAGCCCAUUACUCGAGGAAGUCUCGUAAAAGGAUGUGCAUCCUGGCUGUGGUGCUGUCACUCGUGGUUGUCAUCAUCAUCAUCAUCGUGUAUUUUUCCAACAAAUGAGAAGCGGCGCCCAACGAGAACUUCAACCAGACUACCCAUGUGUUUGUGACUAAGAAGAUG